AUGGCUUGUAAAUGCCAAAUCUUGGGUUAUCAAGAAGUCAUCAUUGGGUCCGACCUUGGUGAUCUUCUGUUGGCAGUGAAAAAGCCUAGUAACUGGCCAAGGUUCCGUUGCAUCCUCCAACGUAUUCAUCAGCUUUGCAAUCGUUUCCCAUCGGUGGCAUUUGAAGCAGAGACAGGGGACUCCAACAGGACUGCACGUGAGAUCGCAAAAAGUGUCCUCCGAGAUGGCAGGUUUCAGUCGUACUUGGCGAGAGGUGGACCAGCUUGGCUCCAUAACAUCAUCAACAGAGAAGCUAGAAGGAUGCACUCAUAG